AACCCCGUCAGCAACAUCGAAGAGUGAUGGCCCCUACGACGUCCCCUUUUCUUCACCCCGGCCCAUGCUCGGUGGAGGAUAAACUCGCCAUCAUCCAUCUCCGGCGAGACCUCCAACUCCCUACCAUUCUUAGACAACGCGACGACGACAACGAAGGCUAUGUGGAGGGGAAGGUGGUGAACACACGAUUUGGCUCGUUCCCACACAGCACACUGAUUGGAUUGCCAUGGGGGAGUCAGGUUCGAGCCUCGAAAGUUGACACAGGGUCUCGAGGCCGACGAGGGAAGGGGGACGAGAAGAAGCGCAAACGGGAAGAAUCUGAAGCUGCAGAGAUCUUAACGAAGAGAUCUAAGCUAGCAGAGACGGAAGAUGACGAUGGAGAAGUCAGUACGCCACCCACACCAAAAGAGGGCGCCGAGGUAGUUGCUGCUUCCAGUGGGUUUAUACACCUGUUACCUCCUACGCCAGAGAACUGGACGAUCUCAUUGCCACAUCGCACACAGGUGGUCUACACACCCGAUUAUAGUUAUAUACUACACCGAUUACGAGCACGACCGGGAACGAACAUCAUCGAGGCCGGGGCCGGAAGUGGAUCGUUCACGCACGCAUCUGCGAGAGCGGUUUACAGUGGGUAUCCAGAAAUGGGAGAUGUCAAUGGUUCAACAACCAAGAAGAGGAAGCGGGGCAAGGUCUGGAGCUUCGAAUUCCACGAACAGAGACACAUGAAGCUAGAGAAAGAGAUCCAUGACCAUGGAUUAGACGGCAUCGUACAGAUCACGCAUCGGGAUGUCUGCGAGGAUGGGUUCUUGGUUAAUGGCGAAAGUCCCAAUGCUGAUGCAAUAUUCCUUGAUCUACCAGCCCCGUGGCUAGCUCUACCACACCUCACCCGAUCGAAACCACCACCCUUGAAAGGGCCAAAUGGCAUAGCACCAACAGACUCAGUGAGUAAUGGCGACGCCUCGCCCAAACCCUUCGUCUCACCUCUCAAUCCAUCCGCCCCCGUCCACCUCUGCACUUUUUCCCCCUGCAUCGAGCAAGUGCAGCGCACCGUCUCAGCCAUGCGCCAACUCGGCUGGGUAGACAUCUCCAUGGUCGAAGUAUCGCAGAAGCGUUUCGACAUCCUGCGCCAACGCAUCGGGAUCGAUAACGGCGCACAGCGUGGCCUCCAAACCUCGCCCGCCUCUGUCGAUGAAGCUCUGCAGCGCCUGGUUGAAGUCGAGGGAAAUCUUCGCAACUUCCACGAACAAGGGGAGCGCACGGAAGGCAAGAAGAGCGAGAAGAUCAACCCGAACAACCGCGAGAAGAUCCUCGAGAGCCUGGUUGAAAAGAAGGUGUACAAAGAGGGUAGGCUGGUGCACAGGACAGAGCAGGAGGUGAAGACACACACGAGUUAUCUGGUGUUUGCGGUCCUGCCGCAGGAGUGGAGUGAGGAGGACGAGAAGAGGGCGAGAGCAGAGUGGCCGAUCAAGAUUAGGAGGGAGGAUGGAGAGAAGGGAGCAGGGGAGGGAGAGGUCAUUGGGAUGAGUCGCAGGCAGAAGAAGCAUGCUGAGCGGCAGGCGAGGAUAGAGAAGGCUGCUGCUGACGCCGAAAUAGGCAAGGCGGCGGUGGAGGUGAAGGAAGCAAGUACAGCUACUGAGGAGCCGAAGGCAGAGCAGUAGUAGUAUUUAAGCCAGCUCCUGUUACCUAUCAGGAAACCUUUCACAAGUAGAGAAUCAACACCUAUCGCUCGAUAUCACCACCAAGAUAAUGUAGUGCAGCGCGACGGGAUGCAGCUUAUUUCUUCUGGAACUUGGUUUUUACCGCAGGGGCAAUCCCACGAUGGAGAAGUUCCCCGUAAGCCAAAGGGCUGUACUUCUAGGGUAGACAUGCAGGUUCAGCUCCUCUCAUCAUCUUCUGUAGCAACUUC